UGAUUAGUGUUAAAUUAGUUAAAAAUGAGCGAUCAGCGCGUACACAAACCGUGGACAGUGGAGACCAGAACCCUUCUCCUCAAUAAGAUAUUACUGUUGCCACUGAUGCUUCUGUUUUUAGGGGAAAGUACAUCAGUUGCGGCCCAAUUGUUUUCGGUGGAUAGCAGUGGACUAGGCAUUUCGCUGAUGCAAUCCGUGGCCGUAGCUCUGAAUGCAUCCAGCCUCGCCCUGGCCAACAACACCGCCUGGCCGCUGCAGCACGAACCGCCGGAGGAUCGGUUGGAGAUCGAGAGCUAUGACUAUAUAGUGGUGGGUGCAGGAAGUGCCGGGUCCAUUGUGGCCAGUCGAUUAAGUGAGCUGUGCCAGUUGAAGGUUUUGCUGCUGGAGGAGGGACAAUUACCACCGCUGGAAUCAGAAAUCUUUGGUCUAACCGGUGCACUGCAUCAUGACGAGCGGUUCAUGUUCCUGGAGGAAGCAGUGCCCAAUCCGAAAUGCUGCCAGGCUAUGGAAUCCACGCACGGCUGCGUUUGGUGGCAUGGACGCAUGAUGGGCGGUGGUGGUGCCAUCAAUGGCAAUAUCUAUGUGCCCGGCAGUCAGGAUAACUUCAGACGCUGGAAUUCAACCGGCUGGGAUUGGACGCAAGUUCAGAAGACCUUCUCUCGCCUGCAGCAACGUCUGAAUCCCUCCUAUCUUCAACCGAAUAAGCUGAACUUGAAGUUGGCCAACCUAAUAUACUCCGGUUCCGCAGAACUGGGUGUACCCCGGAUGAAACAGCCAUUGAUAGCUGGAGCUACGUUCGGUUACACUCAUCAUGUCCCGGUGACCGUAAACCAAGGACGAAGGGCUAGCAGUGCUCGUUUGUAUUUGGCCAAUGAUCAAGUGAAUAGAAGAGCGAACCUAAAGGUAAUACGAGGAGCUCAAGUUCAGAAGGUACAACUUAAUGCGGAGGGAUCCCGAGCAACUGGCGUGAUCUAUACCGUAAAUGGUGUGGAACACAGGGCGAAAACGUCAGGGGAAGUUAUCCUGAGCGCAGGAACCCUCAAUUCCGCCAAGUUGCUGCUGCUUUCGGGCAUCGGGCCGCAAGAGGAGCUACAAAGAUGGAACAUAACUACGCACCAGGACCUUCCAGUGGGUCGAAAUCUACAAGAUCAUGGCAUGAUGCCGUUGUUUCUGCUCUUCGGUUCGAAUUGUGCCGUCAACAGUACACGGGAUCCCACAGAAAAUCCCUAUGCUCCUGUAUCUGUCACACAGUAUCUUCUGGAAAAUCAGAAGGGUCCUUUGGCCAGUGGCUUCUACAUGAUGGGCUACAUCAAUUCCAGUUCGCCCAGCAGCAGUCGUGGUGAACCCGAUCUGCAUGUGGUGGCCCACACCCUUUUACCCAAAGGAAGUACCGGAAGCUUUGGCUACUUGGGCUUUAGGCCGGAGUUGGUUCAGGCUCAGCGGGAUAUUUUGCAGAAAGGAGAUCUACUGCAAAUCAUGGGCUCACUGUUGCGCCCCCUUGCACAUGGCAGAGUGAGUUUAUUGAGUACAAAUUCCGCUGAUCAGGCAAAAAUCGAAAACCACUAUGGCGAGGCUCUAGAGGAUCAGCAGACGCUACUUCGCUAUGUGCGAUAUAUUCAAAAGUUAAGCAAAACCCGACCUUUUCGUCGAUGUGGUCUACGGCUUUGGAAGCCGCCCCUUCCCGAAUGCGAUACAUUGGCUGCCGAUUCCGAUGACUACUGGUUGUGUUACAUUCGAUAUUUCUAUGUGGGUGCCUGGCAUUCCGUGGGCACUUGCCGCAUGGCUCCAAGGAAGGAGGUGGAUUCCCAGGAGGACGGAGGCGUGGUGGACGAAAGAUUAAGGGUUCAUGGGGUCAAGGGUCUUCGUGUGGUGGAUGCCAGCAUUAUGCCGGAAUUGCCAGCGGGCAAUACGAAUGGACCCGCCAUGAUGAUUGGUGAAAAAGGGGCACAAAUGAUUCUCGACGAUCGGGAGGCGAAUAAUGAGGUGGUUCAGGAAUGCUGAUCUUUUAUAAUAUGUAUUAUAAUUUUAAGAGGAACUGAAAAUAAGUUUUGUUGAU